AUGGGGACUCAAGUGUGGCCACUGAUGAGGUUCCUCAUCAAAGGCAGCGUGGCCGGUGGCGCCAUCUACCUGGUCUAUGACCAGGAACUGCUGGGGCCUAGCGACGAGAGCGAGGCAGCCCUGCGCAAGGCCGAGGAGAUUGUGCCCCCGGCCAUGUACCAGUUCGGUCAGUAUGUGUGCCAACAGACAGGGCUGCAGAUGCUGCAGCUCCCAGAACCUCCAAAGUUGAACUUCCCUGUCCGUGAGUCCUGGAACUCAGGCAUCAUCACUGUGAUGUUGGCCUUGUCCAUGGCCCCCAUCAAGCCCUGUGAGUACUCUAAGGAAGGCUGGGAGUACUUGAAGGAGCAUGCCAAGUAGGGAGGAAGAGCACAGGGGCUGGUGAACAGAGACAGGUCAGCAGAGAACGAGGAAUGGGACCCCACUCUGAGGGCAGCU